AUGCAUGAUCUGGUUCGCUCAGAUUCAUGGAUUCCGCUUUCAAUCGGAUUUUCUUCCUUAUCUCAGGAGAUGUUAGCGAGGACUUAUAUGGGAAACCCAUCGCGCAUCGACCAUCAAAGCCAACCAAGGCAUCGCGGAUCGUCCAACAACGAUCAUAUAGAUAUCCGGAUCAACCAUACAGACGAGAUUGGACCGCUAUCCUGUUGGAAGAAUAAUUACCUUCCUAGCGUUGUAGGGGCUGGAUAUCUACCUCACAUCGCCGCUGCAAUGACCAACAACACUAAGUACUUUUCCCACAGCAAGGCUGGCGAUUGGCCGGAGUUACCGAGUCGCUUAGCCGAAACCCGAUGUUUGCCGGACGCCAAAGGCCAGCCGACAGCCGACAGCCGAUGUCGGGGAGCCCUGCAGACUCUGUCACGGUAG